AUGGAGUUUUUGGAUCUCUCCCCUCGUAAAAAUACUACAAAUGGAGAGAAUUCUAGAUUUACUCCACCAUGGAAAAGGAAACAAAAUUUAGGCGAAGGUUCUAGUAGAGAGAUGAAUUAUGUAGAAGUUCAAAACACUGAUACUUUAGAAGGUAUUGCUGCUGCUCAUGACUGCACUGUGGGAUUUCUUGUAAAAUUAAAUAAAUUAACUUCGAGAAUGGUUUUUCCUGGUCAAAAACUUCUUGUUCCUUCAUUCGAUGAGACACAGACAGUCUCUUCUAGUGAAAAAUUGGAAAACAAAUUAAUUAAGGAAAAAAGUUCAGGAAUUCACAGAGGUCCAGGUCAUGCAGUUCCCAUCCCGCCUAAUGAAAUUCCCUUGCGGAGUGUUCUUUCUAAUACCUAUAAAUCUUAUCGCCAUUCUACAACUAUUUCUCAACCUCAAAAUAUCUCAUCUAAAGACGAUAAUGAACCUGAAUUUGGCCGAAGUGCUUCUGAAUUAGAUCCAGAAGAUCAGGAUUGUUUGCAACGCUUUAUGAAAAUUAAAGUAAAACAAAUAACGGAAUCUGACGGGACUAUAGUUGGCACUUUACUUGUUACUCCAAACUGUUUAAUGUUUGACCCAGAUGUUGAUCAUCCUUUGGUUCAAGAAAAAGGUUCUGACCUUUAUGGAAUGGUUGCAAAUAUGGAAAGCAUUAUUUCUGUAACUGUUUACAAACAUAUUAGUUCGUUGACUGGAGAAAAGCAGAAUAAAGAAGAGGAUAUUUUUGACCCAGAAAAAGUGGCUUCAACUCCAAGAAUGUCGAUUGCUGGCAGUAGGCAGGGAAGUCCAUCAUCAAUUAGCAAGAAUCAGAGAAUAUCGUCCCUUGACAAAAGUGAGCAUAAUAAAGGUUUUUGUAUUUUAAUAAAAUUAGGCACAAAAACUGAUUUAAAUGAAGAAGAGAGGCUUGAUGCAAGUUUUGAAGGCGAUCAAACAAUCGUUUAUGGAACAUCAGCUGGCACUCUUUUGCCUGGUUCGUAUACCUCAAAUGCUUCUUCAGAUGGAGAAUCUUCCAAUAUCUCUAAUUCUGAACUACUUCCUUGUAUUGAUGAAGAAAGGGAGAUACAACAAAGAAAUGAAGCUAUUGAAAGAGAGAAGAGACCGCACGGUGAAAAACAAUCAACUUCAGUUGGUAAUAUUUUGCGAUUUGAUAUUUACAUUGGAUUCCUAAGACCCGUUGAGUGUAUGUUAAUGAAUAGUUUUGGAUUUCGGCUCCCGGACAAUGCGUCAGUGGACAAUGCGUGA